AUGACCUUGGUUGUCAACACUAAUGCCAAGGCUCACAGCUUAAGUCAAGAUCGCACUUCCACCUCCGCAGGCUUCAAUCAGCCCAAAGGCGAUACAGACUUACAAUACACGGUUGAGGACGACGAGCCUCUAUACUUGACCAUGGUACAGGCCACAGAGCAACCCAACAUGAUUGCUGAGUCUGGCGGUUGUCGAGUCGGACCACGGAUGUAG